AAACUAACAGUUCACCUAUUAGAACUAAAGGGCGUCCUGAUUCGUCCGGUUCAAAACGCACCCCAAUUGUAACUGUAUUAGACACUUCUCAUCAAACUGAAUCUCCGGUAUCUAUAAUGCCUGGCGUUAAUUCCUUCGGUGUGAUUAAUGAAUUAGUUCAUGAAGAUCUCCCAAAAGUUAAGAUUAGUUCUUUUGAAGAGCAGACAGAAGAAUUUAAAGAAGAAAUUGGUUAUUCAUCCGCUAAUUCUGUUAACGAAGAUCGGUCUAUCAAUGAGCAACAACAAAAAUCAAGACCAAUUUCACAAGUCUCAUCUAGCAGUAUCAACUCUGAAAAAUAUGAGCCUAACGCUAAUGAUGACUUCAAACAUUAUAAUAAUCAACCUGAAGUUGAAAUUAAUGGCGAUUCUAAAUCUGACACUAACAUUAAUUAUAACAUUAACGAUACCAUUAACGAUAACAUCAAUAAUAACAUUAAUGAUAACAUUUAUGGUAACAUUAAUGGUAACAUUAAUGAUAACAUUUAUGGUAACAUUAAUGGUAACAUUAAUGAUGAGGUUAUCGACAACAUUCAAGUCACUGAUACUAACAAAGACUUGAAAAGUUCUACCGCUUUUUCGCACUAUCAAGAAAAAUCAUCUACUGUGACUACCGCACCUCUAACUCCACCCAAGUCCGCUUUUUCGCACUAUCAAGAAAAAUCAUCUACUGUGACUACCGCACCUCUAACUCCACCCAAGUUUCCAAUGACCCCUGGAUUCGUUGGAGAAGAAAUCCAACAUGAUUAUUUAAGCCGUGAUAUUGAACAAGAUCGUAAACUUGAAAAUAACAUAGUCCAAAAUGGCCAGGUUUAUCAUGUAACACAUCAGAUUGUGCCACUAGUUUCACAAGAUACUGUUAUUACUCAAGAGAUCCCUCAAAUUCAUCAAAAGAUUGAACAACUCCAGACCACAAAUGAGUCUUUAAAUAACAUCAACAGUCAAUUAGAAUCCAAAGUCGAUGAGCAAUCACAACAGAUCUCAAGGUUAUCUUCAUUGGAGUCAAUAGUGAUUCGUCAAUUAGAACUUGCUGAACGAAUGGAAGAAACCAUGAGACGAUUGGAAACUAAAGUUAAUCAACAAAAAGAAGAAAUAGAUGGUUUAAUGGCCGGUCGUAUGGAAGAUACCAUUAGACGAUUAGAGUAUAAACUCAAUGAACAAAAUAAAGAAUUGGAAGGAUUGAAAAUGAUUUUAGGACAGUUGUACACAAACGACAAAUUCUCAACUAUUGUUAACACCCGAUCCGGAAACUCAGUUUUCAGCAUCGACAGCGAUGACGAUGACGACACAACAGAAUCACCACCCAAUAUAUUCGAAAGACACCCUU